AUGAGGGGCAACUGGAACUCAGCGACGUGGAGGGUUCUCAAAGCAGCGUGUAAGGGAGUGGCUACAGCAGUCGAAAUGGGCAUUUAUGCCGACCUGGGCGGAUAUGUGACGGAACUCGAAGCAAUCUACAAAGAUCGCGACAUGCGAGGAUUGUACCAACACCUCAAGAGAUCAGUGGGCCUCAGCGGGAGACAAGCGGGGGGACAGCAGUUCGUCGCGGAUGAGAACGGCGUGUUGCUCCGGAACAGGGACGACAUCCUCCAGCGGUGGGCGAGAUUCUUCAGCACCCUUCUCCGCACCGAAUUCCCCACCCUGAACCCAGACAUCAUCGAACGAGUGACGCAGCGACCAGCGACACGUGACACUCAACGGUUGGGAGAUGUGCCAGAACUCGAGGAGGUGGCACGGGCAACGAAAGGCCUCAAGAACUGGAAGGCACCCGGCCAUGACUCCCUCCCUGCCGAGUUGCUCAAGAUCGAUGACGACGAACCCUUCGUCCUGGGACACCUCCAUACCAUCCUCGUCAAGGUGUGGAACGGAGGAGAUGUUCCGCGAGAGUGGAAGGAUGCAACCAUCAAGGUGCUGUACAAGAAGGGUGACCGGUCCAACUGUAACAACUACAGGGGGAUUUCGCUACUAUCUCACGUAGGCAAGGUCCCCAUCAAGAUCAUCACCAACUGUCUAACCGCCUUCUGCGAAGCCAACAACAUCCUCCCGGAGGAACAGGGCGGAUUUCGACCCGGGCGAUCCACCGUCGACAUGCUGUUCGUCGUGCGCCGCCUCCAGGAGCUGGGGCGGAGAAAGAAAAUACCGCUCUACAUGUGCUUCGUCGACUUGAACAAGGCGUAUGAUUCGGUGGACCGAGAGAUGCUAUGGAAGGUGCUGGCCAGGGCCGGGAUUCCCGCGAAGCUGAUCGAAGUCAUCCGCCAAUUCCACGAUGGAAUGCGGGCCCGGGUGCGCAUGGACGACGGAAAACUAUCGAACUGCUUCUUCGUUACACAGGGCGUGCGACAAGGGUGUGUGCUAUCCCCACUGCUGUUCAACAUCAUCUUCGCGGAGGUCCUCGAGGUCGUUGUCAUCCGAUUCAGCGAGGAUGAUGU